CGCAGUCACCGUAAACACCCGGUGUUCAUUCUCAACUCAUUAUUUUCACAGCCGUGAGGGCUCAUUAAAAAAUCACAAAUAAAUCGUCUAAAUCUCUCGUUUUGUCUGAGAGACAGACAAAAGUUACUCAAACACUUGCGGAGUUGUGAAACGGACGGUGGGAGGACCUAUUGACCCCAUCGCGUGCAUCAGAGGUGGAAACCAGUCUAGUGGGAAGGAUAUCGUGAACUUUUCAGGAAAAUAACAAAAAUCUAAAGACGGGAGGACCCAAGCUCUUUCGCUCAUUUAGAAUUCCUUUUUCUACCCAUUUUUUUUUUUAUUUCCUUGCAUUUUAUAUUUAUUUUGCACCGAAUAACGGGGAGAAUGUGGGCCGGACAGGACGACACGCAAAGAUUCAAGACCAGGGUACUUAAACCACCUGGUGGUGGUAGCAGUGAUAUUUUCGGCGGAGCACCUGAGGACAUCAGUCCCCGUCGUGUGAAGAAUCACAAUCAGUCUCAGCUUGGUACAGCAUUGUUUGGUGAUGGUGUCCCGAGUACAGGCAGCAGCAGUCCUGAUUCACCUAGAGCAAAGCCCGGUAAUGAUUCACACAAACGUCUGUUUGGCCCUCCCGAUCCAUCCACCCCCAACACGAAAAAUCACAUGCGAAGCAAUAUAUCACUAAGUGGAUCUCAAGAUAAUGAUUCACAUAUCAAAAUCAACGGAGUUAAUGGCAGUCUUAAGUGCAAUGGCAAUGCUAUUAUCAAUGGGAAUGCUAAUACUAACGAUAUGACAGGAGGAUCUUCCUGCAUGCCUCGAAAUCCGGUUACUGGAGAUGGAAUUGACAUAACGCCGAUCAGGCGCAGCGCCCGAAGGUGUAGAGAUGGAAAUCCAGUGACUGGAACAGGCUACAUCGAGAGCCCGCCGUCGCAAAAUGGCAGUAGCAGCGCAUCAAGCAUCAAUGGAGAUCAGAGAUCAACAACUGAUUCAUCCCCCGCAAAUGCAAACAGCAAACCACGUGGUCGUGUCCCACCCGGUGGUUUCUCAUCAGGUCUCUGGUAAAGAAUCAACACCACCAGCAACAUCUUCACAUGAAUUCGAAAAUUUCAGCAGUCUGAAGUAUUAAAUUAUUACCCAUCGACAAGAAGAAAAUCAAGAAUUAAAUCCUCAUGAGAAAAGCCAGAUUCAUUUUCGAUAAAAUCAAAUUACAUCAGAUGAAAUUCCAUGAGAUUCAUCAAUUAAUUUCGUGAUAAAUGAUUAAAUAAACGCAAGUGCACCCUAAUGUUUAAGUCAAGUGCUUUCUUAAUUCUGUGCCUUUUGUGUCUCACAAUUAUUAUCAUUUCUAUUGAUAAAAAAAAUGUGAUCAUGGUAAAGGCUGAACAAGUCACGAUAAUAGGUGAAACGAGAAGGAUUGAUCACUGAAUUUUUAUAAAUUUUCCUUCCAUUUUUGGUUCGUCAAAAAAUUCUUGAGAUUCUGUAGAGCGAAAUAGCGCAGGCCAACUUUUAAUUGAUUUAACUGUAGACGAGAUUAUUCGAGUCUUGCAAGCGUGUUCUCUCAUGAUCCUGUUCUCCUGUUAUAUUAAUUCACCAAACGUGCGUAAGAUUCAUCUCUUAUUCAAAUUUUCUUCAGUUUUUCAUCGCUUCUGGUUAUCGGUGUGCAUCAAACGCCGGUCACGCAAUCUCUCUGGUUUUCUUCAUAACAGCACACCUAAUGAGCAUAUUUAUUAGCUUGGCGACUCAGUUAUGAGUCAACAAUUAUAAAUACAAAUGAAUAAAUAUUUAAACUCACCAAUAUACACGAUAAAAACGUGAUAAAGCGUAAAAAUACACUAUUACACUGAUCAAAUAUAUGUAUUCUUUUUCUUUCUAUUCUUUUUGUCAGAAAAUAGGUAAUUGAAACAAUUUUUAAAAAUAUUAAUAACCCGUCACUGUUUGGUGUGAGUUAAAUUAUAAAUGUAAUAUCACAAUUAGUCGUGAUUAUCCCUCCUUUUGUACUCUGGCAAUUAAUAAAAAAUUUUGUAAGCAA